GUUUAUGACGUGGGUUUCGUUUUCUGAAUGAAAUCUAGAAAAGGUUUGGAUUUUUGUAUCUAAUAGAUACAAAGAUAUGUUCUUCAUAGGGGACUUAAUAAAUGAUAAUAACUGUAAUAAUGAUAAUAAAUUAUAACUUUUAGAUCUAUUCCUACUAACUGAAAAUUACAAUUUCACAAGAUAUUGAAAUAAUAUUUUAAAUUAAAUAAAUUUUAAGAUAAAAGUAUCUCAAAUCUCUACUUUCUUUCAAGCUUAAACUCUAUUUAUUUAUGUAUUUUAAUGGUUUCUCUCUUAAGACUAAAGACAAUAAGAAAUUGUGGCCUUAAAACAGCAUUGACCCGCUAGAAGGUUUGGUGCACCGCCCUACAAUGUUCCGGAGAUGUUGCUGCAGCUGCCUGUGCAAUUGCAUUCAGUUCUCGAGGUUGUUGACACGUUCCGUUGGCGCCCCUGACUUUUUUUGUUUUUCUAGCUAGCCCUCCCCACUGACUUUUUCAAUCCGCCCCAAUACCACCACCACCACCAACCAGUAACCGCGAUUUCGGUUCUUCAAGCAAAACGAUUUCGUUUCGCUUUUCCAUCUUGUUGUCACCAACAAUUUCAGGCCGCAAGCGCCUUUUUUGUUUAUCUUGUGAUUUUUUUCGUUGACUAUUUGUUUUUUGCUCGGCAUUGUUAUUAAUUCUUUUGGCUUUUUGCUAUUCGCGCAACACUCGCAGCUUUUUUACUGGGUUGCCUGCCUGCUGCACUUGGUGCUUGGGCCUCAGCUUUUGUUCAGAAUGCAGCACGUUUAAUUCACAAACAAUUAAUUAAUUCAUGCACAUUUAAUGUUAAUGUGCAGAAAUUAAUGUACCCGCUGCGGGGCAGAGAGCGGGAAUAGUAUAGCGGGCCAAGCGAAAUCGAAAACACAAAGCUACAGCUGAAUUGUGUAAGCCAGCCAGUCCGCCCGUUGAGUGUCGACUUCCCGUCGACGACUUCAUUCCACUCGCACUUGUUGGCCAGCUCAGCUCGCUGACCACGCCCCCCAAGCUGGACGCUCGCACCAUCCCCUACCGCCCGCUGACCCUUGGCGGCCAUCAGCCGCCGCUUAUGGCCGAACUGCCGACGGCGCCGAACGGCGUCCCCAGCGGCGACUACCUGCACCGAUCCAUCGACCAGCUGAGAUCCCUGGGCCAUCUGACCACGGCUCAAUUAGUCCACGAUUACAAGCCCUUCAACAUCAGCGAAUUCCGUCAGAAUGUGGCUGAGCGCCUGGAUUACUCGUUGAAGAAUGGAUUGGUCCAACAGCAGCAGCAACAGCAAAUGGUAAUGGAGCAGCAGCAACAGCAUCCCGACCAGCAGCAGCAUCUGCAUCACCAACAGCAGCAGCAGCAACAGCAACUCAAGACGAGCUACAGUGCCCCCAACUCGCCGCCAACUCCACACGAGCAGCAGGAGCAGAAGUACGAUCCUAGUCGAUCGCCGCCGCGUCAACAGAUGAGCAGUGCCAGUGGAAGCGGCAGCAACGGAUCCUCGCCGGAGGAGGAGUCCCGACGCGGCGAUGGCGACCAGGCGAAGCCCUACAAGUGCGCCUCCUGCAACAAAUCGUUUGCCAACUCCUCUUACCUGUCGCAGCAUACGCGCAUCCACCUGGGAAUCAAGCCGUACCGAUGCGAAAUCUGUCAGCGCAAGUUCACGCAACUGUCGCACCUCCAGCAGCAUAUCCGGACGCACACGGGCGACAAGCCCUAUAAAUGCCGACACGCCGGCUGUCCGAAGGCCUUCUCCCAGCUUUCCAAUCUGCAGUCGCACUCACGAUGCCACCAGACGGAUAAGCCGUUCAAGUGCAACUCAUGCUACAAGUGCUUCGGGGACGAAAUGACCCUGCUGGAGCACAUACCCAAGCACAAGGACUCCAAGCACCUGAAGACGCACAUCUGCAACCUGUGCGGGAAGUCGUACACGCAGGAGACGUACUUGCAGAAGCAUCUGCAAAAGCACGCCGAGAAAGCGGAGAAGCAGCAGCACAGGCACACUGCCCAGGUGACUUCUGCCCAUCAACCGCAUGUCCCUGCGGGCGGAAUUGGCCUCAACCUGCAGCGCCAGGCGAUGAACGAUGCCAAUGCCGCCUAUUGGGCCAAAAUGGGAGCCGAUAGUGCGGCUGCCUCGCUGGCGGAGGCUAUCCAACAGCAGCUUCCGCAGGCGAAUGGUCAAACGUAUGGUAACUUCGCCUCCCUGCAACCGCAGCACCAGCCGCAGGAGCUGCUGCAGCAUCAUCAGAGAUUGGCCGAUACCCCGGGGCAUUCGCACAGUCCGCACGAGGAGGCCACGGGAGAGGAUCUCGUCUUGCGGCAAUCGACACCACAACAUCACCUCCAGCAACAGCAGCAGGCGCAGCAACAGCAAUCACAGCCGGGCCCUGGUUCUUCGGCCUUUACACCGCUCACAGCUUCGGUUGCCCCACCGCCGCCGCCACACCUGCAACAGCAUCGGGCACCGCCGGCGGCCACUGCCGCUUACCUCUAUCAGCAGAAUGCAGCUGCUGCGGCCGCUGCCUUUCCCACGCAGCUCAUUUCGCUGCACCAGAUCCGCAACUAUGCCCACCAGCCAGGAGCGGCGGGUCUCAUCGCUGGCGAUCACCUCCCCCUCGGCCUGAGCGCCGUCAACGCCGCCAAGGAGAAGGCGCAAUAGUACAGGCCUGGGCGAGGCCGCAAGAGGCAGCAACGAUGACAUUAGCCUUAGGUCAGCGUUUCAACUGGGUUGCGUUCGAAGAGGGAGAGUUGAAAAGUACAAACAAGUUUGUGCAUUAACCUGUUCUUAAACUUUGAAGACAAUUCACUUGAAACACUCAAAUUACAAAUAAUUUUAAGUCUAAGACAUAAUGAAGUUGGAAGUGGCUUAGAAGCUGGGAUUGCUGUUGGUUUCCGCCAGAAACCCCUUUAAUCCCAAAUCAUCUAUAUCUGUAUACGAAUCAUAAAGAGAUCAUCACUGCCCGAAGUCCAAGGGAAACUCUCAGAAGUCCUCAAGUUUCUUGCCCCUUCCAACAUCAACGUAAAGUAUAAUUGUGUGGGUCGACUCAGGUUUUCUAUACGAUAUAGUUAAUUAUUUAUUCGUAACACUCCCCCUUUAAUGUUCAUGAGCAAUAUCCAGCUAAAACUCUGAAUUAUUUAAACUGAUUGGGUUUAAAUAGAUCACAGUUUUGGCAUCCACUAGGGGCCGUACAAAGUACGGCGGUAGACCUGCGGUUUUUAGAUUGUACAUAGAUGUAUGUAUAUCUGUGCUGUAAAUGUAAUCGUAUUGUCCUAGAUAUAGGUACCUAGAUCCUACCUAAUUUAUCAACUAACUAGCGCCCUAAGGACAUUUUCUACUUGUUAGGCAACCUACAAAAUGGAUCAGUUUGAAAUUGUAAAAUUAUAAAAAUAAUAAAUUUUGAAAUUAUUUAUAAAACA